UGCUGAGUGAUUAAUCUCACCUGUGUGUGGAUCGCAUAUCUGUUCUUGAGCUGUCUGAGUAGUCUGGCUCGGCACAAAGCCGCUUCUUUUGGCCGCUGCCUCACAGCUAAGCCUCAUUAGUGAGACAAUCUCGGGUCCUCUCUCCCCGCCUUGCUUUGCAGCCUUCUGCGACUUACACGCAUUUCACUUUCAAAUGAGUGCUUUGCGAGGCUGAUUUGCGUUGCCAGCUAUGUCUCAACCCGUUUUCUGAUUGUCUUAGUUUGCGUUCAAGAGUGCUAACUGUGAUAUUUUGCCUCCCAGGCUUGGGUUGCAAUGGCAGACAUGGCUGAAAUAAUCUCCGUCAGCGCCGGUUUGCUCCUGCCUUCCUCUAUCAACGCCACCGUUAAGGUCCAGGAGGAAGCCAGCCCGACUCCUGCCGUUGUCCCUGCUCCCCAGAACAGCGAGGACUACCUGUUUGUGGAGACCAGGCACCCCAACACAGUCCUGCAGGGCCUCAACAGCCUGCGGCUCAACAACGCCUUCUGCGAUGUGACUCUGUGCUGCGGAGGACAGGAGUUCCCCUGCCACCGCAUAGUGCUGGCAUCUUUCAGCUCCUACUUCCAGGCGAUGUUUUCCGCUGACCUCAUAGAGUCCAAGCAGGAGCGUGUUGCCAUCAAUGGUGUUGAGCCUCAGAUGAUUGGCAUGCUGGUGAGCUACGCCUACACAUCAGAGGUCUACAUUUCCAAAGCCAACGUGCAGGCGCUGCUGGCAGCAGCCAACCUGCUGGAUGUGAUGGCGGUCCGAGAGGCCUGCUGUCGCUUCAUGGAGCGUCAGAUGGACGAGAUGAACUGUGUGGGUAUUCACUGCUUUGCUGAGGCGCAUUCCUGUAAGGUGCUGGAGAAACGCAGCAUGGACUACAUCCUUGAGCACUUCAGCACGGUCUGUCAGCAGGAGGAGUUUCUGUCUCUGUGUGUGGACAAGCUGACGGAAAUCCUUGCCAGCGAUCUCCUCAACGUGCCCAAAGAGGAGACCGUGUUUGAGGCCGCCAUGCUGUGGUUGAAUAAAUGUUCCUCUCGCAAACAGAGCUUUGAAAAGGUCCUGGAGCACAUCCGCCUGCCUCUCAUCAGCCCCUAUUACCUCCAUGAUGUGAUUGAGUCUCUGGACGUGGUGAAGGAGAGCCAGGUCUGCCAGAGGCUCAUCUCUGAGGCCAAGGACUAUCUGCUGCUUAAGGACCGGCGUGGAGAGCUCUACUGCCCGAGAGCGAGGCCUCGCAGGUCCACUGGAACCGCUGAAGUGAUAGUCACAGUUGGCGGGGAGGACGACAAGGUGGUGCUGCGCAGCGUCGAGAGCUUGGAUCCUGUGACGAGCCAGUGGAAGAACCUGGCAUGCCUGCCCUUCGCCGUGAGCAAACACGGGCUGGUGGUCUCAGAUUCGACCCUGUAUUUGGCAGGUGGAGAGUUUCCCGAUGGCUCAGCCAGCAGAGAGAUGUGGCGCUACGACCCCUGCUUUGACUCCUGGAUGGAAAUGGCACCCAUGAAUGUAGCUCGCUCAGAGUUAGGCCUGGUGAUGCUUGAUGGCUUUGUGUACGCAGUGGGAGGGUGGGAGGGACGCUCACGUCUGGACUCGGUGGAGUGCUACAACCCCCACACCAACUCCUGGCAGUUUACAGAGUCUGUGAAGAUGGCCGUCACAAGUCCAGCAGUGGUGGCUUUGGACGGCCUGCUCUAUGUUACUGGUGGUGCGGUCCUAGAGGAUGGUGACGGCACAGAUCUGGCACAGGUGUACAACCCUAAAACGGCAGUAUGGACAGAGGUCGCCCCCAUGCAGAUUGCCCGCUCUGGAUCAGCUGCUUGUACUCUUAAAGGAAAGAUUUACGUCAUAGGCGGAUGGCAUGCCUCGACAGAGAACACAGAUAAAGUGGAGUGUUACAAUCCAAAGACCAACCAGUGGACGAUGUGUGCCCCCAUGAAGGAACGACGCUAUCGGCCCGGCGCUGCUGUCGUGGAUGGCAAAAUCUACGUCUUGGGAGGAGAAGAGGGCUGGGACAGAUAUCACGACACUAUCGAGAGGUAUUGUGACGAGACGGACACGUGGGAGAUUGUUGGGGAGAUGCCUACCAGCCGCAGCUGGCUCAGCUGCGUCUCUCUCCGGCUUAGAAAGGACAUCCAAGUGAGCAGCAGUCCCGGGACGCCCAGUGAAAAUUGAGGACAACAAAUGGGAAAUCUCCUGUGGUUUUGUUUGUUUUUAUUUUUUUAAAUUGCACUCUCCUUGGAGAUUAUGCGCUACAAGACUCAGAGCUGCGAAGACUGGCGUGCUGGGGAGUGAUGCCUGGAACUGGCACUGAGCUGCUUGAGCUGUUUCUGGGACCUGUUUGGUGACAGCCUGUGGAAUAAGUCUUAAUCACUUUGGGGUCCUUUCUUUUGUGGCUUGGCAGCAGAGGUGCAGUGAUUUAACAUAAAUGAUCUGAUGUCCGCAGUCUAAACUCGCUCUGUAUGAUGUGAACAUUCUUUAGUUGUUGUUUUAUUGUCCGAGCGCCACAAUCUGGAUGUUUUCCCAGCCGAUGGGGUUAUUUUUGUAUUAUGUGACUGUAUUUAUUGGAGGUUGAUAAGAUUAGAAUGGUCCUCUUAAAAAGCUCUGUGGGCCAAAGAGUCAGUUAUGAAUGUUUUUGAAGGUUACCUGUGUGGGCGGGGCAAAGGUGUACAUGUGAGUGUUUUUUGUAAUUACACAUUGAACUUCUUAGUGAUUGUCUUGACUACCUGUUAUAUGUUGAGUAUAUUUUUGUAAUGUGCGUCAUGCAUACUGGUGAAUUAAAGUGAAAAUGACUUGUAAUAAAGAUGUUUACUUCUUUACUGUGAA